UUCCGUAAUGAAAGGCAUAGACUUUUAAAUGGAUUCUUGCUGAUUUAUGACUAAUCAUUAGCAUAAUGAUCUGCUCUAGAUGACGUCAUUAUGCCAAUAAAAUAUCCCAAGGAACAUCCUUGAAAAAAGUUUCAGAGUCAUCUGCGCUUUGAUAAGGAAACACAGGACAAUAGGAUAUAGAGCUGAAGAUGAACUUCAAAGUGUCAACGUUCGACGUAAUCUUUCUAGUGCUAGUUCUUCUGUUAAAUUACGCAUUCUCUCAGCCUCCUCCACCAUCUUCAGAAAGUGAGCAGCUAGACAAAAAUCGUGAUGAGGCAAAUGAAGUCAAGCAAGCAGAGCAUAGUAACAAUCAAGAAGAGUUUGAAGAGAAGAGAUUUGAUUCUAUUGGUGGCAGUAGAGGGAUGUCGGGAUUUAAUAAAAAGAAUGCACACAGUGGGAUACGACGACUGAAAGAAAACACAAAGAAAAGUUUUGAUUCGAUUGGCGGACCCAGAGGUUUAAUGGGAUUUAACAAAAGAUACUAUGAUUCUAUUGGCGGAUCCAGAGGUUUACAAGGUUUCAACAAGAAAAGUUUCGAUUCAAUCGGUGGAUCCAGAGGUUUACAUGGUUUCAAUAAGAAAAGUUUCGAUUCAAUUGGCGGAUCCAGAGGUUUACAAGGUUUCAAUAAGAAAAGUUUCGAUUCAAUCGGUGGUUCCAGAGGUUUACAAGGUUUCAACAAGAAAAGUUUCGAUUCAAUUGGCGGAUCCAGAGGUUUACAAGGUUUCAACAAGAAAAGUUUCGAUUCAAUCGGCGGAUCCAGGGGAUUACAAGGUUUCCACAAGAAAAGUUUUGAUUCAAUCGGCGGAUCCAGAGGUUUACAAGGUUUCAACAAGAAAAGUUUCGAUUCAAUUGGCGGAUCCAGAGGUUUACAAGGUUUCAACAAGAAAAGUUUCGAUUCAAUCGGCGGAUCCAGGGGAUUACAAGGUUUCAACAAGAAAAGUUUCGAUUCAAUCGGCGGAUCCAGAGGUUUAAAAGGCUUCAAUAAGAAAAGUUUCGAUUCCAUCGGCGGAUCCAGAGGAUUACAAGGUUUCAACAAGAAAAGUUUUGAUUCCAUCGGCGGAUCCAGAGGAUUACAAGGAUUCAACAAGAAAAGUUUUGAUUCAAUCGGCGGAUCAAGAGGUUUACAAGGUUUCAACAAGAAAAGUUCUGAUUCCAUCGGCGGAUCCAGAGGAUUACAAGGAUUCAACAAGAAAAGUUUUGAUUCAAUCGGCGGAUCAAGAGGUUUACAAGGUUUCAACAAAAGGUCAUUUGAUCGUAUAUCUGGUAGUCAUGGCUUUUCUGGUUUUGUUAAAAGAGAAUAUGGAGUCGAAGAACCAGAAAAUAUGGAACAUGAAUCUGUAUAAAUAUUUUCAUCUUCUGCUGAUUUUUGUUAAAUGUUACUGCUUAAUAUUUAUUUAAAGAUUUUCGAAUCAAACUACUGUUUUUGAAAAUUAAAAAGUGAUAUUUUUUUUAUAAACACAUAGGUACUAAUGAUAAAUUCUUGAAUAAAUUUGCUAGUUUAAUUUUUGUUUGCAAUUAUAUUUUCUUUUUAAUUUAUUUUUGUGUAUUUUAUAUUAUUUUUAUACAAUAAAUGUAGUACCAACUAAGUGUACAAAUAUUUUGAUUGUAUAUCGAAGGUUUUAUACCAAGUGUUGUUAUAUUUAUGUAAGAAUGAAUGCACACUUUCUUUUAUCGUUGAUGAUGAUAGUUAUGAUUGAUUGUUUUUCUUCUUUAUUGUUUACAAGGAUACAUAAGCUAAAUAAAUGGUUGACAAUA